AUGGCCUCCUCUUGGUUUCUCAUAAUAUUCAUUGAGCCUUUAAUCAUCUUUCCCUUGCUUUCUUCUUCCACUCAGCUAAAUUCAAAAACCUCUCCUUAUCCUAUCCCUACUUCACCAGCAUUCCUAACCCAUUCUCCUCCACCAUCUCCUUUCCAAGAACUGUCACCAGACAUUGCUCCAUUAUUACCUUCUCCUGGUGGUGUGCUGCCUUCGCCGACCGAAUCAUCCAUUCCCACCAUUCCCUCCACCCCAAGCCCGCCUAAUCCAGAUGAGGUGGUAGCACCAGGGCCUGAUUCUGCACUCUCACCCCUAGGAGCAUUGCCGGCUUCCUCUGCAGCACCUCAAAGCUUGAUAAACUUUUCUGUUGCUGUGGGGUUUAUAGCAUAUUGGUCAAUUUCAGCUGUUUAA